AUGACCACUACCCCUCGCUACCCCAUAGUUACACCACUGUUUAAAUCCAACAACAUUUUCAAACUUUGUAUUGAUUUAUGUGGCACACCAAAUUAUUUAGCUCCAGAAGUAUUAAAAGUAAAUAUGUUUGAUGAUGCUGAAGGAUAUGGAUUUUCAUGUGAUCUGUGGGCAUGUGGUGUAGUUAUGUAUACACUAUUAAUUGGCUGUCCUCCGUUUUGGCACCGUAAACAAAUGAUUAUGUUGAGAAAUAUAAUGGAAGGAAAAUACACUUUUAAUUCUCCGGAGUGGCAAGAUAUUUCUGAGUCACCAAAAGAUUUAAUUAGAAAACUUUUAGUUUUGAAUCCAAAUGAAAGGUUGACAGUAGAUGAAGCACUGGAACAUCCAUUUUUCAAUGUUAAAGUAUGUUAUUAUUAUAGUUUGUUUUGGUUUGAAAUAGAAGUAAUUUUCAACUAACAUAUUGUUUGCUAUCUAUAAAAAUAAAACUUAUUUA